AUGGGAAACGUCGGACACUUCGAUCCGCUGGGCGAAACAGUGCCCUCCGAUACCGUAUACACACUCGCAGUGUAUGUUCCGCCCCGACCCGACUCUCUCUCCGAGCACUUACCAAAGUUCCUCACCCGCACACCAGUCAAAGCCGAAGCGCAUGUCUCCAUGAUCCGAUCUGACGCCACAAAUCCAAACCUGGACUGCUUCGAGCGCAAGCACUUGGACUACAUCAAACUCAAGAACAUCAAGAUCAAAAUGGCGUUGUUCCCUAUUGACAUGAGAUGUCAACAUCUCCGAUACAGUAUCACCUGCGCUGAGGGAUGCUACUUCAUGGAGGAAGGUGGAAAGCAUUCAAGGAGUAAAUGCAACCGAGAAGACUGUCAGGGUCAUGUAUAUCAGGGAAUCGUGCAAGAAGACGACGAAGGCAGGAAGUGUUUCGGGAGGAAGGGACAGCGUAUGACGAGCAAGGAGACGAGGCAAGCAGAGGCUGAUUGCGAUGGUCUUACAAACAGCUCGUAA